UUAAACAGCAGUUGGAUGACGUCACUUCCGCUACAUUACUUCCUGUUGGUUGACUUCCGGUAUCCGUUCGAAAUCAAGUCGUGCAUGUUGUUGUCUUCUGUAACAAUCCUUGUUUCCAUCCUACACAAAGAAGCGAAGAAGCAAUACCGUUUGGCUUGGUGUUGAGUCGGCGUUUCUACAAGUCUCACAAGAACACGAAACAGACUCUUGUCAAUGCUGUGGUUGCCAUGGAGACGUUAGUUGGGAUGGGAGCGGCGCACUAACGUCUUGUGUCAACAUGGCGGAGCUGCACGUCAUCGGCCAGCUGGUCGGGGCUUCAGGUUUCCCCCAGACUAGCCUCUUUUGCAAAUGGGGGGUCCACACCGGAGGGGCGUGGCGUCUUCUCUCCGGCGCCAAGCAGGGUCAGACCCAAGUGGACAGCCCCCGGAGAGGAGACGUGUCGUACUGGAGCCACCCCAUCGACCUGCACUACGCCACCAAGGGACUCCAAGGCUGGCCCAGAGUCCACCUCCAGGUGUGGUGCCAGGACUCCUUCGGCCGCUGCCAGCUGCUGGGCUACGGCUACUGCCACGUCCCCUCCAGCCCGGGACACCACCGAAUAAGGUGUGCCACCUGGCGGCCCCUCGGCUCCUGGCAGGAGCAGCUGUCACAGAUGUUCGUGGGCGGAGGACUGCAGCUCAAGAACCCGGACCUCAUCUACGGCGGGGCGGACAGGUUCAGACUGCGCACCGUCGCCAUGGGAACUGUGGAGCUGGAGCUCAGCAUCAUUACCAGACACUUUGACAAAUAUGGCGUGGACACUUAAUGUCCACCAAGAGUAACACUUGUUUACAUUUAAGCUUUUGUACUUUAGUUCAAAUAUGUGUCUUUUUACGUGUUUCAUGUCUUUGUGAUCAUGUUCUGUUUGUUUUUGACUCCAUUAGUUCCUGUUUUUGCGCAUCCUGGUUUGUUUUAGUUUCCAUGACAACUCAUUAGUUUCACCUGCCUCAUUUGUUUGAACUCACGCACCUGUUGUUAAUCAUGUCACUAUUUAAGCCUGUCCUUUUCUGUUGGUCGUUCUGGUGUCAUCACUCUUGUGUUGGCUCUGUCCAUGCCAUAGUUGGUACUGAUGUUCAUUGUUCAUGCUGCCUUGCUCAGGUCAGUAAGUGUUGUUUGUUUUAUGUUCAUAGUUUAUGUUUAAGUAUUAGUUUUGUUCCUUGCGUUAAGUUCCGUGCCUCCACUGUGAGUGCCUUUUGUUUGUAGCUUUUGAGUUAAGAUUAAAAUCAUGUAUUUACCUUCA